GGGCAAAUCUCGUGGAAGCAACGUAUGACCCCACGAAAGAAUCCAGACAUUGGCUAAAACAUCAGAUCAGGGGGCAUUGCCGUAGCAAUCCAGAAGAGGACAUGCUAAAAGUUAGAUUUUUUUAUCUGGGUCCAGACUACAAAAUCAGAUUGUUAUGCACUGAACAGAUUGAGGCAAUCUUUGUGGUUGAUAAGCCAUGACCAUGAUGACUUCACAGAACAAUGCGCAAAACGCACCAACAUCGGCAGUUGUGCGUUAGUUUCUGGUGUGGUGUUUCAACUUCAACUGCAAGGUGGAAUCCCACCCAGAAAGAGAGAGAAUUCAAAACCUUCGUCUCCUCCAUUAACACAAACCUGGAAAUCUCAGAAGAAUACACCACUGUCUGACAUGUCUGUUGCCUUCUUUGCUUCCCUUAUUAUGAGACAAAGUUUGUCCCUUUUCUUUCUGUUUCGGAAAGAAACAAAACCCCAUUAAGACUUGAAACCAGCUUGAAUGAUAUCAUCAAGAACAGUCGUCAAUCAGCAGAAGCAGAUCAAUCCACGCCCCUCUUUCUCUCUCUCUCUCUUGCUUCAUUGACUGCCCAAUUCUGCCAUAGAAGGAAUCGAAGCGAAGACCCAUCAACCGAAAUCGGAGAUGGAGAGGGCAGUGAGAAUCAUCAGGCGAUCAAUCCACUGUUUCCUCAAGAACAUCGACUCCUUCAACACCCCGAUUCUGAUUCUCCUCCCUUACUCUGCUUCGCUGCUUCUCUCUCGCUCCCUCUUCCCAGCGACCAAGACCACUUCGCUUUCCCUUCCGCAAUCCCUCUUUCGCGCCAUCUCUAGCUUCGCCCUCGCUCUCACCUUCCUCGCCAUGGCCAAAUCCCUCGUCAUACAGGCCCUGACGGAUCGCCGCGACCCGUCCUUCCCGUCUUCCUUGUCUCUCUACAAACGCCUUGUGAAGCUCCAGUUCCUGCACACGUCGCUGGCGCUGGCGGCCGACGCGAUCGCUUCUGUUCCGCACGGGUUCUUCUCGCGCAGCCAGGGGACCCUCCUCGCGUUAACGUCCAGGACCGUGUCUUGCGCGAUCGCCGCCAAUCUGUCCGCUGUCUGCCACGUCGCUCUCGCUAUCGCAGGCAUCGAGAAUUGCUCCGCUCCCGAGGCGAUCCGAAGGGCUUGCUCGCAGAGGUGCAGGGAACCGGCGGCUCUGUUGAUCGCUCUGCCUCACUAUCUCUGCUUCGCUGCCGUCGAAGCCCUGUGUCGGUUCCGAUACCAAUCGGUGAUGGAGGAUCGCAGCGCCAAGAGGCCUUACCUGGCCAUGGCUUCGGAAGGGGUGGUGAUCGCUUGGAUGUACUCGGCCGUCGUAGUCUUGGACACGAUCGCUUGUGGUUUGUACGUGAAGAGCUGCGAGUCGAAUUCACGCACAGACGAAGGAGCUAAUCGCGGUCACAGCAUUCCGAACGUGAACGACGAUGAUCGGUGCAGGCACGCGAAGACAGCGGACAUGGCGUAAGCGGGGUUCGUUCCGGGCAGCAGAUAGCGUGCUCCAUUUUUGUACAGAUUAGCGAAGAAGCCUUUGAGCAGAUGGAAAUAAUUUUGAGAUACAAACAACUUUAGGAUUUACAAGUUCUUGCUUUUCAGCCGAUACAGAAACACAGAUUGCAAACUGUACAUGAGGAAAGAAAAUUCUCCAUCAAGAGUCCAACUGUUGCUUCGGAUUCCCCGAGAAUUGGUUCAUCAAGAUCGAUUAUUCAGUGAUAUGCAAGAGUUUAAACGAAGAAGUCAUUGUUCAAUACUGAAUGAGAGUGUGU